AUGGAGAGGCUGUUGUGGUGCUUCCUGGCCUUGAUCGGCUUCUCUAGGGUUUUGGGCCAGACAGACUUGCAUAAGAAGGCCUUCGUGUUUCCCAAAGAGACGGAGAAUUCCUACGUAUCUCUGAGAACACAGUUAGAGACCCCACUCAAAGCCUUCACUGUGUGUCUCUAUUUCUACACAGAGCUGGCCCGAACCCGCAGCUACAGCAUUUUCUCUUAUGCCACCAGGCAGCAACCUAACGAGAUCCUCAUAUUUUGGUCUAAGGGUAGAGGCUAUACUUUUGGAGUACAUGGGAAGGAGAUAUCAUUCCAGAGUUUCGAAAAUACUCAAGCUCCAACACACAUCUGUGCCAGCUGGGAGUCCACCUCCGGAAUUGCAGAGCUCUGGGUGAAUGGGAAACCCCGGGUGAGGAAGAGUCUGGAGAAGGGAGCCUCUCUGGGGAAAGACGCCAGCAUCAUCCUGGGGCAGGAGCAGGAUGCGUUCGCUGGGGGCUUUGAUAGAAACCAGUGUUUGGUGGGAGACAUUGGAGAUGUGAACAUGUGGGACUUUGUGCUGUCGCCGGAAGAGAUUAACACUGUCUAUGUUGGUGGGAACCUCAGUCCUAAUGUCCUUAACUGGAAGGCGCUGAACUAUGAAGCAAAGGGUGAGGUGUUCGUUAAGCCUCAGCUGUGGUAG